ACUACAUUUCCCAGGAGGCCCUGCGGCGCAUUGGGCCAGAAAAACUGGGGCCCCCGCGGGGCGGUGACUCUUCUGCACCUCCUCCGGGAUUCUAGACUGCACACGCAUGUUCGCAGCUCUUGGGCGGCACAAAGUCACUGGACUUCGCAUUCCGGCCGUAAAUUCAUCACUCAGCUGAACGGAGCGAGGCGGAUCGGCGAGCCGGGUCCCACCAUGGCAGCGCAAUAUUCCAAUACAAGUAACAAGAGAGAACACGUCAAAAUUACAACAGACCCUCAGCCAGGCUUCCUGGAGCGACUGAGCGAGACCUCCGGUGGGAUGUUUGUGGGACUCAUGACCUUCCUGCUCUCCUUCUACUUAAUCUUCACCAAUGAGGGCCGCGCGCUGAAGACGGCAACCUCGCUGGCCGAGGGGCUGUCGCUGGUGGUGUCCCCUGACAGCAUCCACAGCGUGGCUCCAGAGAAUGAGGGGAGGCUGGUGCACAUCAUUGGAGCCCUGCGGACGUCCAAGCUUCUAUCUGAUCCAAACUAUGGUGUCCACCUCCCAGCCGUGAAGCUGCGGCGGCACGUGGAGAUGUACCAGUGGGUGGAAACCGAAGAGUCCAGGGAGUACACAGAGGAUGGACAGGUGAAGACCGAGAGGAAGUACUCCUACAACACUGAAUGGAAAUCAGAAAUCGUCAAUAGCAGAAACUUUGACCGUGAAAUUGGCCACAAAAACCCCAGUGCCAUGGCAGUGGAGUCAUUCACAGCAACAGCCCCCUUCGUCCAAAUUGGCCGCUUUUUCCUCUCAGCAGGCCUCAUCGACAAAGUUGACAACUUCAAGCCGCUGAGCCUGUCCAAGCUGGAGGACCCUCAUGUGGACAUCCUUCGUCGGGGAGACUAUUUCUAUCACAGUGAAAACCCCAAGUAUCCAGAGGUUGGAGACCUGAGAGUCUCCUUUUCCUAUGCGGGGCUGAGCAGCGAUCACCCUGACCUGGGACCCGCUCACGUGGUCACCGUGAUUGCCCGGCAGCGGGGCGACCAGCUGGGCCCGUAUUCCACCAAGUCUGGAGACACCUUGCUUCUCCUGCAUCAUGGGGACUUCUCGGCAGAGGAGGUGUUUCGUAGAGAGCAGAAGAGCAACUCCCUGAAGACUUGGGGCCUGCGCGCUGCGGGCUGGAUGGCCAUGUUCAUGGGCCUCAACCUCAUGACACGGAUCGUCUAUACCCUGGUGGACUGGUUCCCCGUCUUCCGAGACCUGGUCAACAUUGGUCUGAAAGCCUUUGCCUUCUGUGUGGCCACCUCGCUGACCUUGCUGACCGUGGCCGCUGGCUGGCUCUUCUAUCGGCCCCUGUGGGCUCUCUUCAUUGGCUCCCUGGCCCUGGUGCCCAUCAUCAUUGCUCGGACCCGGGUGCCCGCCAAAAAGCUGGAGUGAGCCGAACCCUGGCAGCCGAGCCCCACAUGGACUCCAGGACCUCGGGGUCCGGGCCACCCGCUCCUCCGAGCUCCGUACCUGGAGCAUGACCCCGGAUGUUUUGGAUUCUGCACCCACUCUGCUCUUCAGAGGGCCUGACCGACAGCGCGCAUGUGUUUGGAUUUGGUGUCCUGCAGUUACGUCUUUCCUGCUCCUUUCUUGCCAGCGAGCAGCUUUGGGGCAGAGGGCAGCUCUCGCCUGGCAGCACAACGAGCUCUCCGCUCGUUUCCUUCCUUCUCUUGGGAACUCCCCAUGGCCGGUUCACAUUUCACUGAGCCAAUGUCUGCAGACAAGGCGCUGACACCACCCUGCUGCCCCCCCCCCGGCCCUGCGCCCGCCUUGAUGUCCCGCGGCCACACUGCCAGUGGUUACCCCAGCACCAAGAUGACUGGCGGCACGGGCCCCGCCCACGCCAGGUUUGUGGCUGCAGCUUGCCUUGGCGCUUGAAGCAGGAAAACCACCGGCGGCGGCAUGAAGAGGAAAACCGGGCGGUGCUGCGCUGGCCUGCUGGCCCGUAGCUGGGCAGGACUCUGAGCGCUGGACUCUGCAGACCCUGGUUCAUUUUCUCUGUUACUUCACCUCGUCCUUCCACUCUCCUCUGAGAAGUUGUAGGGGAAAACAAAAAACCUGAGAUGACCGUUUCCAACUAUUAGAGAAAAGCACCCUUUUUCUGGUCAGCUGAAGUCAAUUCAGAGCACAGGAGGUGUUAAAUGAGGGUGUAAUAUACACGGUAGGAAAAGCUACCUGUCAGUGUUUCGGUCACUGGGAAGCCUAAGAUGCUUUAGAAACAAGUAGCAGAGUUGUCUUCGCUCCAGGAGAGGGCGAGUGGCUCCGGGAGAGGCUCUCCUUGUCACCCUCUGGCUCCAGAAACGGUUUACUUGAAGAGGACUGAGUUUUAAGUCAGCCAAGUAAGGCAAGGUUGGAGUCUUCCUUUUGCCAAGUGGGCGCCUUCCUGGUGACCCCCAGCUAGCCAAAUGGGGCGGCAGCAGCUCAGGCUGCUGGAGAGGGCGCCGCCCUGCGCCUCCGUCCUGGGCCCCGGCCCCGGCCUGCAGCGGCUGCUUCUGAGCCGGCUUCCACCUGUUACUUGGCCACAGCUUUACUGUUCCUAGAUAAAUUUGUGCUUGCUUAAUUCGUAUCGGCUCAUUAGUUUCCUAAGUACUCUCACACCCUGUGAGAGAGAAAGUGUGUUAUAACCGUAUGGUCCUAAAGAUCUUCACAGCCUUUCUGUUCUGUUUUUCUGGGUGUGGUUUGCUUCAGCAAGUUAAGUAUUUGGUGGUUGAGCAAAGGGUCAGAACGUCUGAAACCAAAGAUCUAGUAGUAAUGCCUCGUCCUGGGGGAUCUGUGCUGUCAACUGAAAUCCCCCAUGUUCAAAAGCAGCCCCAGAAAUGACCUAUCUGGGCUGAAGGGCUGAAACUGUAUUCAUUACCGCUCAUUACAUGGUUUUGUCCAAACUCUAAAUCCAGGAUGCCUUUGGGAGACAAAGUAUAGCUAGUGGAUGGCUAAACUCAAGUCCCUUAGAAUUUGGUCUGUGUGACUUUUCUCGUACUUAUUUUAAAUUACUGUUAAUUUCAAAAGUGUUCAUGAGAGCAAAUUAAGUCAACAAACAUUUGGUAUCUUUGGAAAGUAAUCAUGAAAUUUGUAUUAUUUGUAUUUUUGAUAAAUUCAAAAUAAAUUUCAAAAUAUCUUGA